AUGAACCUCCAGCAGCCCCCAGCUCCCCUGCUGCCUCCGGUGCACCCAGACGUCCAGAUGAAGUCUCUGCCCUUCUACGAUGUACUGGACGUCCUCAUCAAACCCUCCAGCCUCGGAGCCGGUACUGCUCAGAGGUUCCACCAGGAGAGGUACUUCAUCUUUGCCCUAACGCCCCAACAGGUGCGGGAGGUCUGCAUAUCCAGGGACUUCCUACCUGGAGGCAGGCGGGACUACAUGGUUCAGAUCCAGCUGAGGUUUUGUCUGUCGGAGACCAGCUGCCCACAGGACGACAACUAUCCCAACAGCCUGUGCAUCAAAGUCAACGGGAAGAUCUUUCCUCUUCCAGGCCACGUUCCACCUCCAAAGAACGGCGUGGAGCAGAAGAGACCAGGACGACCCCUCAAUAUCACGUCUCUGGUGCGGCUCUCCUCCGCGGUGCCCAAUCAGAUCUCUGUCACAUGGGCCCAAGAGAUUGGAAAGACGUACUCCAUGUCCGUGUACCUGGUCCGGCAGCUCACCUCCCCUCUCCUGCUGCAGAGACUCCGGAUGAAGGGCAUCAGGAACCCAGACCACUCCAGAGCCCUCAUCAAAGAGAAGCUGACUGCCGACCCAGACAGUGAAGUCGCUACAACCAGUCUGCGCGUGUCGCUCAUGUGCCCGCUGGGGAAGAUGCGGCUGACCGUGCCGUGUCGGGCCGUGACCUGCUCUCACCUGCAGUGUUUCGACGCAGCUCUUUACCUUCAGAUGAACGAGAAGAAGCCCUCGUGGAUCUGCCCCGUGUGCGACAAGAAGGCCACAUACGAGAGCCUCAUCAUCGACGGCCUGUUCCUGGAGAUCCUCAACGACUGUUCAGACGUGGAUGAGAUAAAGUUCCAGGAGGACGGGACGUGGUGUCCGAUGAGACCCAAGAAAGAGACACUCAAGCUCCAGACGCCGACCAAGGUGGAGGCCUCAUCGCCUGUCCGUCACGCUGUGCCCGCCCCCUCGGACUCGUGCGCAGUGAAAAAGGCCGACGUGAUCGACUUGACUCUGGACAGCUCUGAGGAGGAGGAGAGCGAGCCUCCCCUCAAGAAACAGCGCUGCGUCUACAUCUCCAAGAGCCAGGAGCCCGAGCUGCACCCAAAGAGUGUCCUGGCCUACCAGCCGCCCUCGGUGCGCAUGCCCCAGGUGCAGGUGUCUGCUCUGGACCCGUACCAGCUGAGCUCCACCCUGACAGAUUACGCAGUGCCCUUCCAUCCAUCCACUCUGGCCUCCAUCCCCACAGACAUGCAGAGCCUGGACCUGUUCUCUCUCAUCCAGGCUGACCAACAACACUACCGGCCGCCCAUGUUUUUUGACAGUCUUCCCAGCAGCCUUCAGAGCAGUACUGUGGCCAGCACCAGCGGACCCCUGGCCUCCAGCAGCCGCUACGACAGCAGUAGCGGGCGCAUGUCUGGUUCUGUGCAUGAGAGCCGGAUGUCAGAAGGAGCCUCCGCCGCCUCAGCCGAGAGCAGUAUAUCGGACAUAAUUUCAUUGGACUAA